AAACCGGUGUGAGAAAAGCUUUAACAACCACAAUUAAAUUAGGUUUAUUUGAACUUUUUUUUGUGUGUUCAGGCGUACUGUAACUCGACGAAUGUCAAACAAGACUACUCAACCGAGUUUGAACGAGAAGUACACUGAAAACGUGGAGACUCUUUAAAUGCUGCCUUGAAAUAGUGUGGCUUUCCACACGAGCAGAACUGUGCCGUACCAGAGGAGAGACCUGCAGCCAUGGCGGGCAGGGGUCGUGGAGUGGGUUCCUUUACCUUCAACAUUGACGCCCUGGGCAUCGGCAGAGGCAGCAUGCCAGAUGCCAGGGUGGGCCCCAGCCCUCUGUUUCCAAAUACAGAGUUUAAACCAGUUCCACUGAAAGGCGGUGAAGACGAAGACUACAUGCUGGCCUUAAAGCAGGAAAUGAGAGGAACGAUGCAGCGACUGCCACACAACAUUAAAAACCCGACCAACAAAGCAGAAGUGGAGAAAUACACUGAAAGGUACCUGAAGCGACGACAACUUGACGAUGACGAAUGGACUCCAGACUGGAAUUUGCUUCCAAAAGAGUUGAUGCCCCGGACUAAAAAGCCUCGAGCCAAAAUAGGUGCCGGAACAAAGAAAAAACCUGUGAAGAUCUCAAGCAAAGAAGCCACAGAAGUUCUAAAUAAAUUAGAGGAACUGGCUAAGAAGGAUGACGGCAACCCUGAAAAGUCAGAUGAUGAGACUGAGAAGAAAACGGGAAAUGAGGAUGAAGAAGAAAUAGAAGCGGAAGAAUAUGAUGAAGAAAUUGAGGAGGAAAAUGAUUACAUCGAAAGCUACUUUGACAAUGGAGAAGAUUUCGGUGCCGACAGCGAUGAGAAUAUGGACGGUGAAGCAACGUACUGAAACUAAUUUCUAAUUUGAGCAAGCUGGCAGUGCAAAAACAUCAUGAUACAAGAAUUAAUCUGUUCCUUUAAAAUGCAUUGCUUUGGUGGUGUGCCUGUGUAAAUAGAAGUGCCAAAACGUGCAAAAUGAAGAGAAAUGUAUUGAAAAUAGAUUU